CGAAUAUUUGCAAACGAGAACGACCCAUGAAAUGGAUGGAUUUUCCUGUGCGCAGUUUGCAAACGUUAGUAAUUCCAGGAGAACCUAAAUUGUAAAGUAAUCAGUUUCACAAUUAGUAAAUCAACGGAAGACGAACGUUUUAGAACGUCAUGAUUGGUAUCAUUUACAUCGGAAUAUCGACAUUUAGACCAGGCUCCUUUGGAAAACAAACCUUGUUCAGCAACAACAACUCGUUAUCCAUCAAUCUCCUGCUCCUGCUUAUUUUGGGGGUGAACUUAUUAUCUUGUAUUCCUUCAGCAUUAUCAUCUUCAUCCACCAAAUCUAACGUGACCAUCAACAACGUACACCAUCGUCAUCAUUCCAGUGCAGAAGCACCCCACACGGCGACCAACCACACUUCUAACUCGUCUACCCCAAUUGGUCAGCCAUGUGAACAAGAUGCAGAGUGCACAAAUUUCAGCAUCUGUCAAGAUAAGGAGUUUGAGGACAAUUUAGUGAUACGCAUUUGUCAGUGCGAUCCCUUGCAUGCGAACAGACUCGAAAAAUCAUGCUUUGUCAAGCCCGGUCACCAGUGCUAUUUUCCAAAUCUGGACAAACAUGGUCGACGGUCGUUGAACUGCAUGCCGGAAACGGAGUGUCGUUCAGGCGUUCACAGGACAGCACCGAGUAACGGCUACUGCAUGUGCUUGGAUCAAAAUGAGGAUGAACCCUUCAGGCCGCUCAAUGUACGCAAGGAAAUUGAUCGAUGUCAAGCUUCCAAAAUUUUGUCACAUGCUACGAAUGGGAUUUUAAUGCUUGUGGUAGCCUUUUCUAGUUACAUCUUUGCCACCUGAUUAUUUUGUAGACAAUAAUUUAAUUAUGCAGAAAUUCAGAAAUAUGUAUAUGCAUACAUAAAUGUGCAAGGAAUAAAACAGGAUGGGAAAUAAUA